AUGGAGAGGAUAUUUUACCGAUCUGAUCUUAAAGAUCCUGAAACUCAGCUACCAAUAUAUGUGUUCGAUACUACAUAUUUGCCACAGCCAGAUGAUAUUGAUUAUGAGAAGUUUAUUCUGGUUUUGAUGCAGAUUUUGCCAAAAUUUCCCUACGCGUUGAUAAUGUUUAGCAGUGGCCUUAAUAAGAUUAAUUGGAUUUGGGGUGUCAAAUUCUUAAAAAAAUUCUUAUCUGAUAACCUGACGAAUAAUGCAAGUAAUUUGAAAAAGAUAAUUACAGUACAUGAUAGUUGGUUUGUCAAAACGUUAACUCAAGUUUUCACAAACUUGAAUUUCACGAAAAAGAGUUUUGCACAAUUGAAUGCCUUUGUCGAGUCCUUUAGCAUCGCAGGAAAAGACAACAUGAGUAAUGACUCUAGCAGUGUUAGAAUUAAUUGCAGCUCGUUGAGUUCUUUGAAUGAAUAUGUAAAUAUUACGAAAUUGAAAAUAUCGUUGAACAUCUAUAAAUAUGAUUAUCAAUUAGACCAUCCCGAGGAUCUGUUAAAAAGUAUUUAUCCGCCAUUGAUUACUGCUGUGACUAAAAUAAAUCCCACAACCGAUCCAAUUUUUCAUCACCACUUUUAUCAAAUUUUCAAUAUCAUUAAUAUUAAUGGUGAUCAAGUGGAACUUCUUUUCCAUAGACCUGGUAACAAGCUAAAAUCAGAAAUCUUGUUCGAUUGCGUCAACCGUAACCAAUUGAUAUGGGUCAAUGACUGGGAUAUAUAUUCCAUUGCGAUUACGUUUAAGAAGUUUUUGAUGGAAUUACCACGGCCAUUAAUACCUGUUGAACAAAUACUAUUGCCAAUGAAAGACGAAUAUGAAUAUACUGUUAAGAUUUUUGACCACAUCAUAAAUGGAUUCGAAGAUGAUGAGGGAUAUCGUGUCGUACUCCUACAGUUUCUUGACUUAUGUCACAAGAUUUUAAUUAAUGAACAAGUAACUAAGCAUACUACUCUGUCGUUAUCAAAGUGUCUAAGUCAUUGUUUGAGUCAUCAAGUAAUAUCAUCACAAAACAAAGAUGAAAUUCUUAUUGUGAAUAGAUUCAUCAAAAACUUGCUAUCCUACUGGGUUGACAUUAAAGACCGUUACUCAUUUAGUUAUUCGAUAAGUGAAAUCAUUCUUGGUGACCUUACUCAGGAUGACAAGGUCGACGAAUCUUACGAUCUAGGCUACGAGAUGAUGGAUCAAGGCAUCUCAGAUGGAGAUGAAGUGGAAUUUAGGAGCGAUUAUAUAAGUGUUCUGCCAACGUCCAACUUUAAGUUUAAUAAGAACUCACUUACAUGCAACUCGUCUGAAUCGGAAUUUGAAUCAAAGAACCUACAGAUGCAAAACUUGAAGACACAGGACAAGCUAUCUGAUAUUUCCAACGUCAUCAAGCUCCGGCCAGCAGGUACAUACAAAUUACCUUAUAUAUUUGAUGCGAACCACAUUAUCGAGAACAAUAAGGAUGUGUCCCUAAACAAUGCCACUAACAUGAAGAAGCCCGUUAUAAGGGGUAGAAAAGUUGGCGAACUAGCAAAAUUAUUUGAAGAAAGAGCCCAUGGAAUAGAGAUCUUAAAAGGAAUGUAA